ACAUUCUGAUAGUGCACAUCAAGUGAUCAGUACAGCGCCGCUUGUGUCUUAACGUCCGCGUUUGAAUUUACAUAAACUUACAAUGAAUUUCGCAAAGAUCCUAUCCUUCGUCUUCGCUCUGGUGCUGGCUUUGAGCAUGACCAGCGCUGCUCCCGAACCCAGGUGGAAGAUCUUCAAGAAAAUUGAAAAAAUGGGCAGGAACAUCCGUGAUGGCAUCGUCAAAGCGGGCCCGGCGAUCGAGGUCCUCGGUUCGGCUAAAGCUAUAGGAAAAUGAUCUUUAAAACGUACGCCAUAAAUACUAGUAUUAUUUAAUCUACUCGUUAAUUUUAAUAUGUAAUUAAAUUACAAUUACUCGUAUAAGACUGGAUUUCCAUUAUGAUAUUCAAUUUUAAAUAUAAUUUAAAAUUAAUAUCUGCCAAAGUUUUCUUAGUGAUAAACGUUAUAUUGUAAAAUUGAAAAUCAAUAAAUUAUUUUGUACUUAA